CUUUCCGCAGACGACAAUCAAAACAAACAAACCGGUCUAUGUUGUGCUCAUCGGCAGUACUUUAUCAGAAGAAAGCGUGAAAUUCUUAUUUACGAGCGCCCGACAGCAUCCCGAUGUCAUCCGGUGAGGAAAAUCCCCCUUCUAGCUCUUCGCAGCGCUGGAGCCGACUCGCCCGGACAGUGUACGAUCCAAUCAAGGUGGGUUCAAUCGAUGGGAUGGAUGAAUUCGCCCACGAUCGGGCCCUGAUCCGCGCGAUGAAUUCCAGCUACAAACCGAACCACAAGGUGGUUGGCGAUCCGCACCAUACAGUCUUCAUCGGACGAAUCGCCCAUUACGUAACGGAGAACAGAAUACGUGAACUGUUCGAGCGCUGUGGGAAGAUAGUGCACUGCCGGUUGGUUACGGAUGUAGUUACGGGUUUGUCACGAGGGUAUGCGUUUGUGGAGUACAAACGAAGACGGUAUGCGAAGCGAGCGAUCGAAGAAAUGCACGGGAAGGUUCUUGACGGAAAGGAGAUUCUGGUCGAUGAAGAGUGGGAACGCAGAUUGGAUGGAUGGAAACCACGUCGAUUGGGGGGUGGUUUCGGCGGAAGGAAAAAGAGCCAACAGCUUCGAUUCGGUUGCAAGGAUAGACCGUGGAAGAAACCGGUAGGUGAUUUCAAAUAUACCAGCAAAAGUGACUUUCAUCGUAAAACCAAACAACAGAGAGCUUUACUCAACUCGAUCGAGCCCUCGUAGUUUAGUUUUUAGAAUUUAUUGAAUAUACAAAAAAGUCCUAAUAAUGAUAAUAAUAAUAAUGAACAAGCAC